AAUUCGCAUAAUUUCUUACAAGAACUUUUAAGUGUUUUUUGAGCAUUUCUUGUUUAUUGAGGCCUGUCUUAAGUGUGUAGUUAAAGCUGCAAUCAAAGUGACACAUUUAAGUCGUUAUAUACAAAUCCCGUUACACAUAUGCAGUUUAAAGGAUAACUGAAAAUCUUAGAGUAAGGCGUAAGCUAGAAGUGCCGUUACAAGUUCCGUUACAAACUAUUUGGUGUGUAUUGAUAAUUGCAAGCAACGCAUUAUUAACAUAUAAACAUACAUACAUAAUACAAUCAUUCGCUGAAGUUCAAAAUCAUAAAAAAUGCACUUCUAGUGAGAACUUUAAAAACAUUUAGCUUUUGUUUGUCGAUUUUCUGCCAGAGAAUUCCUUUAUGUACAUAGCUUCACUUGAUUAAGCAGCACUUCACUUGAUUAAAGGUGCAAACAAAGUGACCUUUUUAAGGCGUAAUAUUAAAAUAUCGAUACAAAUUAAUUGUUAAAACCCGAAGUAGUAUAUAUGUAUAACUGUUAAUGUUUCCAAAAAGGAACGGAAACUUUCCCGUCGACAAGCGUCACUUCCAGGUCGACUCUCGCGCGCUUUUUGAGGUUCUCUUGCCGAUUAGAAGCGGCUCGGUUUGCUCUCCCCCUUUUCCGAAUUCCUUCGCCUGCACCAGUUGUUGUUGCUGCUCUGGCUAGCGUCUCCUCUCUUUGCCCCACUCGCCCCCCUUCUCUUGUAAACGCACACGCACUCCCGCACGCACACUAACACACGCGAACGAGAGUGCAAGUUUUCGAAUAGGAAUUUGUGUGUAAUGUUUUUUUGUGUCAUAAAUCGAACAGCCGUCGAACCAGCCGGCAAAACAGCCGUCAACUGGGCAGCCAAGGGAGCAGCCAAAGGAGCAGCUAAAGGAGCCGCCAAAGGAGCCGCCAGAGAAGCCGCCAAAGGAGUCGCCGGAGGAGCCGUCAAAGGAGUCGCCAGAGGAGCCGUCAAAGGAGUCGCCAGAGGAGCCGCCAAAGGAGCAGCCUAAGGAGCAGCGUAAGGAGCAUCCAAAAAAGUCGCCAGAGGAGACGGCAAAGGAGCAGCCUAAGGAGCAGUCUAAAGAGCAGCCUAAGGAGCACCCUAAAGAGCAGCCUAAAGAGCAGCCUAAAGAGCAGCCUAAAGAGCAGCCUAAGGAGCAGCCUAUAGAGCAGUCUAAGAAGCAGCCAAAGGAGGGACCAAAGGAGCCGUCAAAGGAGCCUUCCAAGGAUUCUUCCUGGUGGCCUUCCAAGUGGCCAUUCAAGAAGACUUCAAAGGAACCUGCAAAGAAACCUCCAAAAGAGCCUUCAAAGGAACCCUCAAAGGAACCUUCAAAGGAACCCUCAAAGGAACCUUCAAAGGAACCUUCUAAGAAACCUUCAAAGGAACCUUCAAAGGAACCUUCAAAGAAACCUUCAAAGGAACCUUCAAAGGAACCCUCAAAGGAACCUUCAAAGGAACCUUCAAAGGAACCUUCAAAGGAACCUUCAAAGAAACCUUCAAAGGAACCUUCAAAGGAACCUUCCAAGAUGAAUCACCUGCGGGUGCACAAAGUCAAGCUGGGCGGCAAAGAUACUGCCGCCACGGCCGAUUUACCUCAAGCGGAUAAUGCCAACAAUAAUAACAAUGUCGGAAACAACAACAAUCCCAGUGGCGGAGCCAAGGGAUUUCUGAACAGGAUCAAGCGUUACUCGGGGCUGGGAAACAAGCUGGGGCGACGCAAUCUCGGCAGUAUGAACCUGAAUCCGAAUCCAUCGAAUAAUACCGGCGAUAAUGCUGUUUCGCCUAGGAAAAUCCAUACCGGUAGUUAUGACAUGACCGGCACUCAUUCAGAGGAUCAUCGCCUGGAGAUCGGAGCUCCGAUCUUGAUAUCCACCACCACUCUCGAUACGGAUCGUUUUGAUGUCACGGAGGCGAGACUCAAGCAGAUUGGCGGUGGCAUCGCCCUAAACUCCAAUGUUGUGAGGACCCUGACGCCCAGGAGUUCGGAUGAGGAUGAGUUUGUGGACGCCAGGAGCAGUCCGCAGGAAAUGCAGAGGGAUGACUGCCAGGACGCAGAGGAAAAGGCCAUCCGGGAGAAUCCCAAAUAUCCCGACGAUCCUAUGGUUACCAAGAACGCCGAGGAUCCAGAGUAUCCCAACGAUUCUGAGAAACCACACCAGGUGGAGAAGAAAGAUCUCAAGAAUGUAGACGAGGAUCUGGAGGAGCCGGAGCUAUUUGAGACCCCAAAACAUCAGGCUGAGGAACAGAAACCCAAAGAGGUUCUCCUGGUUUCCCAAGAGGUGAAGCGCCCUAAGACCCCAGUACCCGCUGUCUUGCAAGUUCCAAUGCGACGACCACGUGGCCGUCAGCAAAAGCAAUGGCAGUCGGUGCAGAAUCUGCAUCGCAGCGAACUGAUGGUCUACAUGCAGAAGUCCAACUCGGUGGCGUUGGACAUGAAUGUUACGGCCCCGGCCCACCUGGGGGUGGUGGACAUGAAUCUGCCCCAGUUGCCGGAGCUCUAUGGGGCCAGCGUACUCAGUCUGGCGGCCAGUGAUAACAAGGAGAAUCAGCUGGCGGUGAAGCCAUCCGCAGAGCGGUCACCCAUACCGAAUGGGGGCUUUCUGGCCCAACAGCCGCAUUUCAAGAGCCUGGACUCGUUCCAGCUAAACUCCCACUCUCAGCUGAGUUCCCGCCACAGCUCCCGCCAGGGAUCCCAUCCGAGUUUGGCCUGCAGCAGCAGCAAUGGGGAGUACGACUUCGACCUGAAGUCAGUUAGCUACCAGAGUCUGAACCCCCAGAACUUAUUCGUGUCCAUUGACGAGCUGCAGGAGCUGACCCGGCAGAUCAACGAAACGGAGGAGUUUGGCAAGGAGAUCGAUCUGGAGUACUGCACCCACCGGGAUCAAUUGAAACCGAGCGAGCGCAGGAUCACCCUGCUGAAGAACAAGAAUCAGUCGCUGAUAAAUUUCAAUCACAACAAGGAAAAGCUGCGCAAGGGCUGGCACGGCAUGAAGCACUGGCUGGGCGAGGAGGGAACCAAGAUCAAGGAGGUAGUGCGUCAGCAGACGCCCCUCAAGCGUCUGGCCCAGUCGCGGAGCAAUCUGAACCAGUCGACGGCGGACGCCAGUCGUACGUCCAUGUCGCCCGAGCGAAGUCGCCGCGAAGUGACCGAGAGCUGCGAGGAUGUCACCGAACGCACCGAAAUGGAGUCGUCCGUGUCGCACCGAAACAGUGAGGAGGAUCUGUCGCCGAAUGCCAAGCGGUUCAAGGAUGAGGGACAGAACGGCUUCGAGGAACUCCGGCGAUAUGUGAAGCAGGGAGGCGACUUCUCCAAGGAGCUCAUUUUCGUCCUGCAAGAGAGAGCCGACUCGGAGCUGAUCUAUUCCAAGUCGCUGUCGAAGCUGGCCAGCAAGCUGAACAAGGCCGGCCGGGAGAUCCCCGGGAGCGUGGCCGACGCCUGGCGCGGCGUGGCUACGGAGAUGGAGAGCCGCAGCGACAUCCAUCGCCAGCUGGCUGCUUCGCUCACGGAUGAGCUGGUCAAGCCGCUCAAGAGCGUCGUCGAAGGGCACCACAAGGCGCGCAAAGCGGUGGAGAGCAAUGUAGACAAGGCGGCCCGUGUCCUGGGCGAAUGGCGGGCCAGCGAGGCCAAGGCCAAGAAGGCCUCCCACACGGCGGCGCGCGAGAACGAGAAGCUGCAGGACGCAAUGCUGGACGUGCGCAUCCAGAAGUCCCCAUCGAUCGCCCUGCUCCACCAGGGACCCAACAAGCAGGCCGCCGAGAAGGAGCUCAAGUCGGCGGAGAAGGAUUGCGUCAAGCUGGACAACAAGCGCAAGAAGGCCGAGGAGGCUGUGAAGCGGGCGGAUGUCGAAUACUACACCCUGUGCGUGCGGGCGGAGCGUGCCCGUGUGGACUGGGAGAUGGCCGUGCUCCGGGGAAGCGCCCAAUUGCAGAGCAGCGAGCAGCAGAGGCUGGGCAACAUGCACAACUUUGCCCAGCAGUACGCCCGUCUCAUCUCGGACAUGAAUCCGAUCCUGGGGGGACUGAACACCCGCCUGCAGCCGCAGCUGGAGGCCUGCAAUGUGGCCAAGGACAUGCAGGUGGUGCGCCACAUUCGCCGCAACUCGGAGGGACCCAGUGAGCAACUGCUCCCGGACUUUUACUGCGAGCACACCACGCUGGCCAUGAACCGUGAGCGACGCAAGCACGCCCUGAUCAAGCUGCUCCAGCUGGUCAAGACGGAUCUGGAGCGCGAGCGCAGAUCUCGCGAUGGAUUGAGGGGCCUCUCGCAAUCGCUCAACCACCAGGACCAUCAGAACAUUACCGACAAACUCUAUCACAUCCGCUCCAUGCUGACCUACUUGGAGGGCGCCCGACUCAAGCUGCACUCUGCCCUUUUGGAGCUGGACCACAAGCCCAGGACCACGCACCCACUGGCCCAGCACAUUCAGAUCACCCGUGACCGCACUGGACUGCAGCAGAGCAUCCUGAAGGUACCCAACUGGCUUAAGAACAACGACAAGUCGCAGACGCAGCAAUCGACCAGCAUGCUGGCGAGCGAUGUCACCGAUAUAACCGCUAACCACGAGGAUGAGCUCCCCGAGGAGCACUGCUCCCACCUGCACAGCAGCAGCAAUAGCAACAACAACAGCAACGGCUCCUGCACGGACAUAAGCUCGGUGGUGAAGCAGUUCAACCGAAGCAAGAGCAACAUUGAGACCAACUACACCAGCCAACCAAAGAUAAUCUCGACCACAAAUGCCGCGGUGGCCGCCUCCGUUAAGUCCAAAACUCUGGCCAAUCUCCAGGAUGGCCAUCAUAAUAAUCACCAUCACCAUCACAACGAUCGGGGCCAGGCGGACGGUGGAUCCAAUCAGCAGGACUCUGAUUUCGAUGAGUUCAGCUCGCAGGACGAGGAUGAGGAGCCGGAGAAGCCACCGCAGCUGCAGAAUGGAGCCAUCAAGGCGCAAAUGCAGACGCAGCAUUUCUAUCAGAAUGCGCAGGAUCUGCAGAAGGACGGAUCCGGUCCGAUAUUGGGGCGCUGCAAGGCCCUGUAUAGCUACACCCCGAAGCUCUACGACGAGCUGGAACUGAGUCCCGGCGACAUCAUCGAGGUGCAUGCCAAGCAGGACGACGGCUGGUGGCUGGGCGCCCUGCGCAACCACGUCGGCAUCUUCCCGGCCACCUAUGUGGAGGAGUGCGCCUAGACAGGAUGGCCAUCCCAGGAUCCCUCCAUAGCUAUACAUACAUAUAAGAGCGAAUGAGUGUGUGCGACUGCCAAAAGAGAAGAGUGUGUGUGUUGUGGAGCGAUUUGUUUGACCUAAAACCAUUGGAGGAGCAAGUAAUCCCAAGAGCCAAGGCUACUGUUCGUAUAUCGGGCGUAACUUCGAAACUGACACCAUUUUGUAACAUCAUUUUGUAUAAUCUUAUAACAAAAAUCACUUUGUAUUCAACCCGCAAGAAACAAGAAGGAAGCACUUGCUUGCGUAUAUUUUCUCUAUAAGAAGGCUGUCAUAUUGGCACAUGUUUUUUUCAAAAAACUAUUUUCUUGAAACGAAAAUGAUUAAUUUUUGUUAAAACAUUUUCUUUUGUAAAAAAUUUAAAAAUUUUUCUCAACCUAACUUUGAACUUCUGUAGCCAUUCGGAAGGCGAACAGCGAUCAUACGUUUUUGCAUUGUAAUUUUCUUGGUAGGCAAGUAAGAUAAACAAGUUGAUCAAACGAAAUUCUAAGAAACAGAACUUUCGAAAUUGACAUUUUGCCUUGGAGUAAAUACUUCUUGAUUUCUUAAAGAUUACCCCAUCACGAGUACCUUUUAGUUUGUCGCAAUAGAAUAUUUUUUAAUUUGAUAACCGUCCAAAUUAAGCCUAUCAUUUUAUUAUUUGUUUUCUUAUAAUGAUUAUGUUUACCUAUGUUUUUGUCUCAAACAAAUCGAUCUACCUUAGUCUUACACAGUUAGUAGACCUGAUCUUGACAAGACGCUGACCCCAGGACAGGCCUUUGCAUUAAGCAUACUAUGUAAUCUACGAGUAACGAUUAACUUAUAUACUUUUUUUUAUUUUUUUUAAUUACCAAAUACAUAUACUUUAUAUUUAGCCUCCAGCUGAGUCAUUUACCAUUUAUUGAUCCUGCACAUUGUCUGUAGCGCUGGUCCUCAUAAAUAAAACAAAAUCGUGUUAUUUCAUUACCAUCAAGUUGUAUUGCAUAUACACAAUGGAACGACAUAUAUAUAUGUAUCAAUAUAUAUUAUUAUAUUCAACAUGCGAAAUCACAAAUGUUUUUUUUUCUCGUUUAUAAUUACAUUUAAUAAAUUAAAAGUAUACAUAUAUAUAUUGUAAAAUAUUAAAAACAAAAAAAUUAAAUAUGCAUAUUUUGUAUAAAUA